ACGGCAGCUGCCAAAAGGGAGAAGGGAUUUAACACAGCCACUUCCUUCUCUGCUGCUGGAAAGCGUUCAGGCUUUGUGCAGGGUCUCAGCAUCCCGAGUUGAUCCACUGGGACACAACUGGAGCAGUGGGAGGCGAGCAGAGCAGGGGGGGAGGCGCUGUGUUUCCUGCUGCACACCUCGGAGCCAACAUGGCGAAAUGUGGAGCAUGCGGCCCAGGAUAUGCAACUCCCCUGGACGCCAUGAAAGGUCCCCGGGAGGAGAUUGUCUACCUGCCCUGCAUCUACAGGAACACCGGCAUCGAGAAGCCGGACUACCUGGCCACCGUGGACGUCAAUCCCAAAUCCCCACACUACUGCCAGGUCAUCCACCGCCUGCCCAUGCCCAACCUGAAGGACGAGCUCCAUCACUCAGGGUGGAACGCCUGCAGCAGCUGCUUUGGGGAUGCCACAAAGAGUCGAAAUCGUCUCAUUCUCCCAUGUCUGAUCUCGUCCCGCAUUUACGUGGUGGAUGUGGGCACGGACCCGCGAGCCCCCAGAAUCCAUAAGACUGUGGAGCCCGUGGAGUUGUUCUGGAAGGGGAACGUGGCAAAUCCCCACACCUCCCACUGCCUGGGCAGCGGUGACAUCCUGAUUAGCUGCUUGGGAGAUCCUUCUGGCAAUGGGAAAGGUAGCUUUGUUUUGCUGGAUGGAGAGACCUUUGAAGUGAAGGGAAAUUGGGAGAAAGGUGGGAAGUGCCCCUCGUUUGGUUACGACUUCUGGUACCAACCGCGGCACAACGUCCUGAUGAGCACCGAGUGGGGGGUCCCGAAAGUCCUUGCACACGGGUUUAACCCAGCGGAUGUCGAGAAAGGGCAUUACGGCCACCACAUCAACGUGUGGGACUGGAGCUCCCACGCCUUCCUUCAGGCGAUUGACUUAGGGAAGGCCUCCAUCCCUCUGGAAAUUCGGUUCCUCCACAACCCCGAUGCUGCAGAAGGAUUUGUUGGGUGCGCUCUGAGCGGAGCAGUGCAUCGCUUCUACAAGACAGAGAAAGGAGACUGGGCAGAAGAGAAAGUGAUUCAAGUGCCCAGCAAGAAAGUGCGAGGAUGGCUCCUCCCUGACAUGCCUGGUCUCAUCACCGACAUCCUCAUCUCGCUGGACGACCGGUUCCUGUACUUCAGCAACUGGCUACACGGUGAUAUCCGCCAGUACGACAUCUCCAACACGCGCCAGCCCAAACUGGUGGGGCAGGUGUUCCUGGGAGGCAGCAUCGUGAAAGGCGGAGCUGUGACUGUGGUGGAAGACAAGGAGCUGCAGGGCCAGCCAGAGCCGUUCGUGAUCAAAGGGAAGAGGGUGCCGGGCGGGCCGCAGAUGAUUCAGCUCAGUUUGGAUGGGAAGAGGCUGUACGUCACCACCUCUCUCUACAGCGGAUGGGACAAACAGUUCUACCCAGAUCUUGUCAAGGAGGGCUCCGUUAUGCUGCAGAUCGAUGUGGAUACGGAAAGAGGUGGAUUGAAAGUGAAUACAAACUUCCUGGUGGAUUUUGGGAAGGAGCCCGAUGGGCCAGUGCUGGCUCAUGAGAUUCGUUACCCCGGUGGCGACUGCACCUCAGACAUCUGGAUAUAAGCGUAGGACGGAGCUGUUUUCUUGGCUGGUGAAUCAGUUCAGCAAACGCUGUACGCCUUCUGAAUUCCGAAUUCCAUCGGGGUGAGCCGCAGAAGCUCCACUUCAUGCUCUAUCUCUGGGGCAGCCACGCAAACCUGAAACACGUUCUACGUCUCAUUAAUUUUCCUGAUCUUCGCCUUUCAUUAAGAGCUGUGUGAUCACUAACUGCUCGUAGGCCAACCUCACCAGUUCCUAAGGAUUCUUUGUUCCUGGGUCCCUCCAGAAGUGCACAUUUCACAGAGCUCCCUUUCCCUGCAAAGCUUAAUUUGCUCAUCAAGCAAUCAGUGAUUUACAGCGCAGCCAAUCUAAAGCCACGCGUUUCCAGAGCUGGUUUAUCUUUUAACAUUUGUGCACCGAUGUUGUAAAAAAAGUCGACAAUAAAACCAUUCUUCAAAUCA